UUCUGGAAGCCAGAAAUAAUGUUUUGACCCCCAAAAGGGAAAAUCAGUUCCAAAUAGAAAUUAAUAAAGUAUCCAGAUGUAACCUAUUAACUGGAACGUAACCCAUAUACUUAAGAAUUAUAUUUGAUGUAGGAUGUGGGUUCAUAUAAUAUAUUUUAUGUAAUUUGGGGCCGGGCGUCCAAAAGUAUGUUUAGGGCCCUUGGAGCUCUUGAAAUGGUCUUGAACUGAGUAGAAGGGUUUGGGACGGAGGUGAAAGGGUGUUGUCAGGGCUGGUUGCCUUUCAGGUGAUACCAAGCUGUAGGCCCUGGCCCUGGGGAGGCAGAGGAUGGCCGUUUUCUAUUUACACAAAAGUUCCCAGUGGAUGAUGUUAUGGGAAAGGUUUUGAGGAGUCUGAUUCUAAGAGUACCAGAUGCAAGGGGUACUCUUUCCUGACCACAGGAAGAAAGUGAACUGAAGGCUUGGCGCAGAAAGCUUUUCAGAAAGAAAGGUUACGUGAACUGGAGGUGAAAGGGUUGGAUACAGCUUUCCCCAUCACUUUACAUCUAUAUAUUGGUUUGUGCCUUAUCACCAGUAGAUCAAGGAGAAGGGUUAAACACUUUAAGAUGAGAAACAUUGAUGUUUGUUUGAGCUCUGAAGGGACUGAAGUGAUUUUAGCUACAUCAAGUGAUGAAAAACACCCACCUGAAAAUAUAAUUGAUGGAAAUCCAGAAACAUUUUGGACUACCACAGGAAUGUUUCCCCAAGAGUUCAUUAUUUGUUUUCACAAACAUGUAAGGAUUGAAAGGCUUUUAAUCCAGAGUUACUUUGUGCGGACCUUGAGGAUUGAAAAGAGCACUUCUAAAGAGCCAGUUGAUUUUGAGCAGUGGAUUGAAAGAGAUCUGGUACAUACAGAGGGGCAGCUUCAAAAUGAAGAAAUUAUAGCACGUGAUGGCCACGCCACUUACUUGAGAUUCAUUAUUGUAUCAGCCUUUGAUCAUUUUGCAUCUGUGCAUAGUGUUUCUGCAGAGGGAAUAGCAGUCUCAAAUCUUUCUUAAUAAUUAUAACAAAAUACUCUUGCACUAUUUUUUAACAAUAUAUUUAUUUAAACAUGAAGUUGUUAUUAUUAAAGGGAUUUGUAUCAA